AUGGUGGAGGAGUCAGAGUUCCCAAUUCCUAGAGUUUCAGGCAUUAAACGAAUCUGUAAGGCCAAGACUCCACCAGAAGGCCAAGACUCUCUCAUAAGGCCAAGACUCCACCAGAAGGCCAAGACUCCACCAGAAGGCCAAGACUCCACCAGAAGGCCAAGACUCUCUCAGAAGGCCAAGACUCCCCCAGAAGGCCAAGACUCCCCCAGAAGGCCAAGACUCCCCCAGAAGGCCAAGACUCCCCCAGAAGGCCAAGACUCCCUCAGAAGGCCAAGACUCCCCCAGAAGGCCAAGACUCCCUCAGAAGGCCAAGACUCCCCCAGAAGGCCAAGACUCCCUCAGAAGGCCAAGACUCCCCCAGAAGGCCAAGACUCCACCAGAAGGCCAAGACUCCCUCAGAAGGCCAAGACUCCACCAGAAGGCCAAGACUCCCUCAGAAGGCCAAGACUCCCCCAGAAGGCCAAGACUCCCCCAGAAGGCCAAGACUCCCCCAGAAGGCCAAGACUCCCCCAGAAGGCCAAGACUCCCCCAGAAGGCCAAGACUCCCUCAGAAGGCCAAGACUCCCUCAGAAGGCCAAGACUCCCCCAGAAGGCCAAGACUCCCCCAGAAGGCCAAGACUCCCCCAGAAGGCCAAGACUCCCAAAGAAGGCCAAGACUCCCCCAGAAGGCCAAGACUCCCCCAGAAGGCCAAGACUCCCCCAGAAGGCCAAGACUCCCCCAGAAGGCCAACUCACACAAAGCAACAGACAAGUAAGGGUCGAAGACUUGUGACGUUUACUUGGGUCACUUAG